AUGAGACGAGCCCUGUUCUCCGUCCACCGCGCCCAAUGCAGUCACGAGAGGUCAUCUGUAUGCUAUCGAAGCAGACCUGUCCGCGCUACACCCAUUCUCCGGUGGCUGGCUGUUGAGGGUGGCGAGACUCCUGGACCCCGCGGAAAUGGCGUGCUCUACACACACGAUUCUAGUACGGUGGACGACUGGCUUGAGCAAGAUUUGUCUCGAGAGGCUUGGACACAAGUCGCGCUAGGGGUCACGCUAGAGGCGAAGAUAUCCGAAUUCCGCAAUGAAGACGACAGACCGAUCGUUCUGACCAGGAUAUGUCUACGUGAGAGCAGAUCCGUCACCACGCGUACAUCCAAGAACCGCUCUGCCGAGCUCAAGGAAUUGCUCGUACGCCGAGACCAAACCUUCCCCAUCUCUCCGUCGCCCUGCUACAGAGCUCAUCAGUACUUCUCGACUCACCUUGUCCUCAGACGCCUCGAUGAUCGUGCUGCUACAGAAAUAUUCGAGGCAUUCACUGGAAUGGAUUCUCCUCCAGGAUUCCACACAACCACACGUUCAGACGUAAUACGCGACCCAGCCCAUGGAACCAGCUUCACGCUCUCUUCUCACAACCCCGCCGUCCCUCUGCCUCCUACUGGGAUCUUCGACUACCUCCUCCUGGGAUCUUCGACUGGCAUUACUUGCAGUGCGUCAUUGAGAGGUUCGGUAAAGCGGCCUACCGGGGAGUCGAUAAUAUUGUUUGUGCCGUCGGACCGUUCAAGAUUGAAGAUGACCGCGAUGUUGACGACGAGGAGCUCGAUGAUGGCGACUAUGAUACUCGUCCUACCCUACGAAUAG